AUGGCGACGAAGCGUGCUGCUGCACCGGCGGUCCGUGCUUAUACUGCUUUACGGAACGCAGCUCCUUAUUCGGCUCUAGCCAGGGGCCUACACGCUACACCUGGUAGCAAGAAGAUUGUUGGCAUUUUCUACAAGGGUCACCAGUACAUAGUAACCGAUGACAAAGAAGGACCCAUUGUGGUAGGAAUAUUUAGAAUUGAGCUUGAGAAGCACAUACCCGAUCUUCACGUGCUGAUAACCACUCCUUUCCACCCGGCGUAUGCAACAGCAGAGAGGAUCAAGAAUGCGCAGCUGCUGCUCACUGCUGGCAUUGGCUCUGAUCAUAUGUCGAUCUCAAGGCAGCAGCAGCUGCUGGGCUUACAGUGGCAGAGGUCACCGGGAGCAAUGUUAUUUCAGUUUGCUCAAGACGAGCUUAUGAGGGUACUAAUACUUGUUCGAAACUUUGUUCCUGGACACCAUGAGGUAACUACCGGGGAAUGGAAUGUUGCAGGCAUUGCUUAUCGAGGUUAUGAUCUUGUGACUUACGCAUUGUGUUUACAUUGUCCAUAA